CUCUUCAACACCUACACCUACCUUUUCACAAUUCAGAACAUCCCAACCAAAAAAAAACAAAACCAAAAAAAAACAAUCCAAACUGAAAUCCAAACCACAAGCUUAAAGCAAAAACAAACAGAAACAACGAAAGAAAUGCCACCACCACCCCUCCCACCUCCCUUCCAAACCACCAGCACCAGCACCAGCACCAGCACCCCGCCACCAACCCUCCUAACGCAAGGCGCAGAAGCCCACCUAUACAAAACCAUCUUCCUAUCCCCGUCUACACCGGCGGCACUGAAGAUCCGCCCAUCAAAACCAUACCGCCAUCCGAUUCUCGACCGGCGGCUUACGCGACAACGCCUGUUACAGGAGGCGCGAUGUCUGGCGAAGCUGGUGCGGGAGGGAGUGAGCGUGCCUGCUCUUCUGGGGAUAGACUGGGAGAGCGGGAACUGGUUGAUGAUGGAGUGGAUUGAGGGGGUUGUUGUGCGGGUGGUUUUGGAGAGGUGGGAGGUGUAUAUGAAGCCGGGGGGGGAUCUUCGGGAUGCAUUGGAGGAGGAGAGCCGUGUCCGGGGUCUUAUGAGGAGGAUUGGGUUCGCUGUUGGUGGGUUGCAUCGGGCGGGAGUGAUACAUGGGGAUUUGACCACGAGUAAUUUGAUGCUGAGGCGGGCGGAGGAGGAGGAGGAGGAGGAGGAGGAGGAAGAUGGAAGGAGUCCGUCGAUGGAAGGGGAGGUGGUGUUGAUUGAUUUUGGAUUGGCUAGUCAGAGUGUGCAGGAUGAGGAUCGGGCAGUGGAUUUGUAUGUGCUUGAGAGGGCCUUUGGGAGUUCACAUCCGCGGACGGAGCCAUUCUUCGAGGAGCUUCUUAAGGGGUAUAGGGAGAGUUAUCGGGGAGCUGUAUCGGCGUUGAAGAGGCUAGAGGAUGUGCGGUUGCGAGGGCGCAAGAGGAGUAUGAUCGGUUAAAAUUCUUUUCUCUCUUUCUAACUAUAUAUAUGCUUCUAGACUACUGAAAUCUUAAGAGGAAAGACAUGCAUGCAUUAU